AUGAUGCCUCGUCCAGAAAAAUUUGCUGCGCUUGACCAAGUGGCCUACGAAGCGGAAGAUCCUCAAGGCCAAGGCGAAUCGGACCUUGCUGUCCUUCAACGUUGCUUCCAUCGCUUUCGAAAGCGACUCGUAGUGCUAGUUCUGGUUACACUUGUAUCAUCGGUGGCUGUGUAUCUCCGUGUAUCAAAGCUGGAGAUAUCCUUCCUUGAAAUGGCAGGAAGCAGCUCCCAUCGAUCUGUGAGUUUAACUGAAGCUGAAAGGCAACGCUUGCUAAAUACCACUACAGAUACCAAGUUUUCGUCUUACAAGGAACAAAAAGGAAAGAACAAGCAAAGAGAUUAUGAUGAAAACAAAACGUAUCCAUACUUACAAGAAGGUCUGUACACAAGAGUGACUCCUCUUUACAAGCUAUUGAAGGGACCAGGUUCUCCGCACAAGGAUUCGCCAGAUUCCUUUCCUUUUGGAGAAGAGCCCAAUGCAGUCUGUGAAAUUCGAAAUAUGGGACCGUGGCCUAUCUCGAGUUUUCCACAUGUCAUGCAACAACUCUUCAAAUGCUUCUCUUGGUGGCAAGCUGGCAUCAAUGAACCCAAACAAAAGGUGUUGAUCGUCCCGAAGGAUCCUCAAUCAACAUUCAUCAAUGAUUUCUUGGGGAUUCUCAAAGAGCAGUUUCACGUUGCUGUUACAAACCAGACCAACCAACAGAACAUUUCAGUCCAUGGAGAAAUAUUUGGCUUGGCAGACGCAAAACCAUAUGAAAUGCAUAACCCACAAGAUGCAACUAUCCUAAGAGAAGGAAUCUGGGAACACUACAAUAUCCCUGCAAACUCAAGGGCAGGUGGAGGACGUCAUUGCAACAAUUCCAAGGCCAUUUUUGCCGCUCUGGAACAGCAUGAUUUUGACACAACUGAGCCACUCAAGAUCCACUAUUCGGAGUCAUUUGACACCAUGUCUUUCCAGGAACAAGUUGCCAACAUGGCCCAAGUUGAUAUCCUGAUUGGGCCACAUGGAGCCCAACUUGUCAGUGCUGCAUUUCUGCCCACCUGUGGUGGAAUGCUGGAACUAUUUCCGAAAGGCUUUUAUGCUCCAAACUUUUUCGGUUCAUUGGCAAGGUCAACAGGCCAUUACUAUUACAGUCUCUACACUGGUGACAAUCAAACUCAAGAGACUGCAUCAUUCAUGAUAACACGGAACAAUCAGAAACAAGCCAGGGCAUUCGACAUCAACGCAGAUCCCCAAGCAGUGGUGCAAGCAGUUGUGAAACUUACUUCAAGAUUUCAGGCAUGUUGCGAGCUUGGAUGGGAAUCUUCAGAUAAUGAACAAGUCAUGGCAACUGUUCAAAAGGAUGGUGAUUCUCAUGGUGUUGGAGAAUUCAAGCAGGAUCCCAACGAACUCACACCUGCUCCCACAGAUCUGGCAACUGCUUCCACGAUACCCCCCACCGUAGCACCAGCAAGUACAACGGCUUUGGCCAACAGUACGUUGAAUGUUGAAGAGGGGUUGUAUGAGAGAAGAACACCAUUGGAAAAGCUGUUCAAGGCAGUUGAAGCUCCUGAUAGGUUUCCAUUUGAAGAGGAGCCUGAUGCAGUUUGCAACUUUCAACAAAAAGGAGUAUGGACACAUUUUCCUCAUGCCAUGCAACAACUCAUCAGGUGUUUCUCUUGGUGGCAAGCAGAACUUAAUGUUGCCAAGAAUCAUGUCUUGAUCAUUUGGAAUUUUCCACCUUCAGAUUUCAUCAAGGACUAUCUUACAAUCUUGCAGGCACAGUUCAAUGUCACCUUGGACCGCAAGGCAGCUCAUCAAAACAUUUCUGUCUAUGGUGAAGCCCCUGGUACACCUGACGUCCAUUCCCCAGCUUAUGAAAUGCAUGACCCCCAUGAUGCUACAAUAUUGAGAGAAGGCAUGUGGGACUAUUACAAUAUCAGUUCAGACUCAAGGGCAGGGUGUCCUUUGAACAAAGCCAGCAAUGUUGCACCUGUAAUUGGUUUUCUCAACCGCCAGCCCAAUGGAGGGCGUCAUUGCAACAACUCUCAGGCAGUUAUUUCAGCUCUGGAGCAGCAUGAUUUUGGCACUGAUCAUUCGCCCAAGAUUCACUAUUUGGAGUCAUUUGAUGGCUUAUCCUUCCAGGAGCAAGUCACUUUCAUGUCCCAAAUUGAUAUUUUAAUUGGACCACAUGGAGCCCAACUCACCAGUGCAGGACUUCUACCCACCUGUGGGGGUGUUUUAGAGCUAUUCCCCAAAGGAUACCAUGUUCCCCACUUCUUUGGCACAUUGACAAGAUCCACAGGCCACUACUAUUAUAGUUUGUACACUGGGGACAACAAAGCAGCGGAAACACAGUUCUACAUGCGAAACUUGCGUCGUCGAGACGAGGCUCGUCGAUUCAAUGUUACAGCAGAUCCUGAGUCAGUGGUGCGCGCAGUGAGCGAACUCUUGGUGUUUGUUUGUGUUGCAACAGGUGCCAUAUGCUAG